AGUGUGAGUAUCGUUUUUUAUUCGUGUGGAGGCAAAAUGGAGAGUGGAAAAAGGGAAAAUAAAAUGAAGAUUUUAUGCCUCCAUGGAUUCAGAACCAGUGGGAGUUUCCUUAGAAAGCAACUCAGCAAAUGGGAUCCUUCGAUCUUCGCUCAUUUUGACUUGGAUUUUCCAGAUGGCAUGUGUCCUGCAGGAGGAAAGUCAGACAUUGAAGGAUAUUUUCCACCGCCUUAUUUUGAGUGGUUCCAAUUCAAUCAGGAGUUCACAGAAUACACAAACUUAGAACAAUGCAUAGGUUACUUGUGCAACUACAUCACAACCAACGGCCCAUUUGAUGGAUUGUUGGGCUUUUCCCAGGGUGCCACGCUAUCAGCACUCUUGUUGGGUUAUCAAGCACAGGGAAAGGUGUUGAAGGAGCAUCCACCAAUCAAAUUGUUGGUGUCAAUAUCAGGAUCAAAAUUCAGAGAUGAAAAAAUAUGUGAAGUUGCCUACAAACACAAAAUAGAGGCUAAAUCUGUUCAUUUGAUUGGGGAAAAGGAUUGGUUGAAACUGCCUUCUCAAGAACUUGCUUCUGCCUUCCAUGACCCUUUGAUCAUAAGGCAUCCUCAAGGCCACACUGUCCCUAGAUUAGAUGAAGCAGCCACCAAGGAGCUCCAAUGCUGGGUUGAUGCAGUACUCUCCGGUCAUGAUCAUGUUAUUGAAGAUGAAGAAGUCAAGGAGAAUUAUGUCAUUGACAAAAUGGAUGAGAAAAUUGAGAAUGGGCUCUCCAAAUUAGACCAUGAAAGUAAGGAAUAGUACUAACAUCAAAACCUUAUUAUAUAAUUUAAGGUUGAUUUCGUUCGAGUACUUUGAUGUUUGAGGUGUGGUUGGAGAUGCGUUUGAUUGGUGAUCUAAUCGGGUUCGAAAAUAAACUAAUUUAAGAAUAAUAUUUAGUAAUUAUGGGCGAGUAAAUAUUUCUUACAAACUAUUUGUCAUGUGUUUUUGACAAUUAAGAGAAUAAUGCAAAUUGCAAAAAGAGGGAAGAGAGAUUUUUUCCUUUUAA